AUGGCUCUUAUUGCUCGAAUCCAGCAUCCUUACAUUGUGGAAUUCAAGGAGGCAUGGGUUGAGAAGGGUUGCUAUGUCUGCAUUGUCACUGGGUAUUGUGAAGGUGGAGACAUGGCUGAAUAGAUGAAAAAAUUAAAUGGUGCUUACUUUCCUGAGGAGAAACUCUGCAAAUGGUUCACUCAAUUACUGUUGGCAGUGGAAUACCUGCAUUCAAAUUUUGUUUUGCAUCGUGACCUGAAGUGUUCCAACAUCUUUCUUACCAAGGAUCAGGAUGUUCGCCUAGGGGAUUUUGGCCUUGCUAAGACACUAAAAGCAGAUGAUUUGGCUUCCUCGGUGGUAGGAACUCCUAAUUACAUGUGUCCUGAACUGCUUGCUGAUAUACCGUAUGGAUUCAAAUCUGAUAUUUGGUCACUAGGGUGUUGUAUAUACGAGAUGGCUGCUCAUCGCCCUGCUUUUAAAGCUUUUGAUAUGGCAGGGUUGAUAAGCAAGAUAAACCGUUCUUCCAUUGGCCCUUUGCCUCCAUGUUAUUCCCCUUCCUUGAAAACACUGAUAAAGGGCAUGCUAAGAAAAAAUCCUGAACAUCGACCAACAGCAUCUGAGGUGUUAAAGCACCCUUAUUUACAGCCUUAUGUGGAUCAAUACCGUCCAGCUUUCAGUCCUCCAUCAACCUGUUCUCCUGAAAAAUCAAUUUCUACUGUCAACUAUCCUCGGAAAAAUAUGGCUGAAAGUCAAAACAGUAAUAGUUCCAACAGUGACAAAGAUAGUUUGAUGUCAAAUGAGAAAAGCAUUGCAACAGCAGUACCAAAGUGUGAGAACAAAGCCACUGAGAUGGAUCAAACAUCACUCGAUGAUGAUGGUUCAGAGGAAGAAAGUGGCUCUAGAAAUGCCAAUGGCAAUACCAAAACAGCUGAGCAAGAGGCGAUGAAACCAUCUCAUAAUGCACACCAUUCUCCCGUUGAAUCUAAGCAGCCAAAAACAAUUAGAAAUAUAAUGAUGGCAUUGAAAGAAGGAAAGGUUAGAGAAGCAACUUCUCCAAUGAGAGGCAAUCGUGUAAAGCCUGGUGGUGUAUCAACUCAGAAAAUAAGUACUGAGACAUUGUCUAAAUUGCCUAAGCCUAUUUUUAUUGCUCCUAUUGUGAAACCUAUGGUAGAGUCACCAACUGUUGCACUUGCACGGGCAACCCCUGACUCUGCAAAAAGAAUGCAGGGGUCACAUCAAUCAAAGCAACAGUUUCUGAUGGUAGAAGCCUCACCAAAACUUAAAGCUAGACAUGAUUUGACUCCACCACCUGCAGUUGUCAAACAAGUAGAUGGAGAUGUUCCUCCCAGGCCAAGACAAAGGACUCCCCCAAGCUUACUUAGACGACCUUCAUUUUCUGGAAGGAUGAGGCUGGUUGGAAUUGAUGUUUCAAAUGCAGCAAAUGAUACUGGAAAGCUAGGCACAGAUAAAAUAGUUCAGGAACAUGAGAUGAGCCCUUCUCAGUUGGCUGACGACAAUGUACCACCAAGUAUUUCGAGACAGGUUACUAGAGAGCCCCUGAAGGUUUUUGAAAGAAGUUCAAGAGGAAUGCAAACAGAUAGCAGCAAUUCUGCUUCGUCUUCGGUUUCUAUCCGAGGUGAACUUGCUGAUGAUGCCACAACUUUUAUUGACAUGAAAGAACAGAUGCUUCCUGGACAUUCGAAUGUAAGCCACAUUGGAGGUGUGGAAUCAUGUCCUGACAGCAGCCCGCUGAAUACUUGUGCACAUUGUAAGGUGGUUGAAAAUGUUCCUGAAGAUUCAUGUGAGAUUGCCAUGAAUUUUCACAAUACUAUAAGCAGUAAUGAGAAAGUGAAUUCCAGUUUAAGUCAAGAUCACCAUGUUGAAGAUUCUAAGGUAGCACUGGCUUCAGAAAGGGGUCUUCUUAAAUCCCAGCCAACUAUGUCUACUACUACUUCUGGCUGUGAUGAUGGAUCUGUUGAUCACUCUGCUGGAGCCACCAAUGAAAUCAAAGAUUUUCAAGAUAUUACCAAGGAAAUGCCUUUGGCCAAGUCUACGAAACACGCAUCCCCAAGUUCUGGAGAAAAGUCUGUUCACACAGAAGUUAGUCCAGAAAGUGAACCCGAACUCCUUAUUCAGCCAGCACUUGGAUGUAAGUCCCCUGGUGAUGACAAAUUCACAGUGAGAGAGAGACUGUCACCUGUCGUUGAAACUGUUCCUCUGGUUACCCCUACUAAAUUAUCAAGCCAGAAAGUUUUGCAAGAGAAAGGAACUGUGCUGCAGAGUCCAGCACCAGAAAGGCCUGAUACUGGCCAUCUUCCUCCAGCUUUUGAUGAUGUUAUCCAUGUCAUACGUCAUAGUAGUUACCGCGUUGGCAGUGAUCAGCCAGUGAAGGAAUCUGUGGAGAUGGGAGUUCAAAAUGUAGAUGUUGGUAAGUUUAUCAAUGUUGUGAGGGAUGAUUUAGAAAUGAGGAACAUAACGUCACCUUUGACUCUCAAAUCUUCAAGUUGCUCUGAUGUUACAAGCUUGAAAUCUGACCAGUUGGAAAUGAAAAACUUAAACACUCCUCCUAUCCUUAAAUCUUCAAGUUUCUCAGAAUCAAGCAAUUCUGAUCAUCCUGGUCUUAAGGAGCAAGAUGUGAGUAACCCUCCUCCACUAGUUUCAGAACCUGAAUCUACUGAGCUCAGUAAAAGUAACACUCCUGGGAAUGAAGAGAAACCACCAGCAAAGGAAACAUUGGAUGUGAAAUCUUUCAGACAGAGAGCAGAGGCACUUGAAGAGCUCUUGGAGUUGUCUGCAGAGUUGCUGCAGCAAAACAGAUUGGAGGAACUUCAAGUUGUUCUGAAGCCUUUUGGGAAAGAUAAGGUCUCCCCAAGGGAGACAGCCAUAUGGUUAGCCAAGAGUCUCAAAGGAAUGAUGUCUGAGGAAAGUGGGGGACGCUCUUCAUAAGGUAUCUCAAUUAGUGAAUUCUUAUGCGAUAAAUUCACUUGUAUUUCAUGUUUAAAAUUUGCUCUUAAAGUUAGUCCAUAGCUAUUCAAGCACCACUUGAAUCCAUAAGAGAACAAAUUGUCUGUCCCUUCUUCCAUUAUUGUAAUUCUUUCAGUGCUUUUAAUGCUAUUGUAAAUAGUGACCAUACAAAUUAAUAACAUCAACUUACGAUUAAAUUGUUA